UAUGUGUACUCUAGAGAACUAAUACUCCCCCUAACUAUUCAAAACAUGUACACAUGCAGUCCAAGGCUAAUAAUAGACAUGUUCAAUUUUUCUCCAUUCUUAUUUCCUCUUUUGGACUUACUUAUUUGUUACAGUAUGAAUUUUCUGUUACGAAUUUUUAUCUCUUUAUCUAUAGUUUUUCGAUAUAGAGUGACUUAUAAAAAGGUUUAGAGAUAUUAAUUUGUUAAAGUUAGACUAUUUUUGCACGGGGUAUAAUCCUGUUAUAAUUUACAAUCUUUUUUUCAGGAGACCUUAUUAUUCAUUUCCGCUUACUCCCGCCAAACGCUCUAGAAUUCGAUUUCUUCACUCAAAAUUCAUCCCAAAAAAUGAGUCUUCAUCGAUCCCUCAGCCGCAUACCUAAAACCCUAAUUCCUACACUUCACAGCCCCACAAAACCCAUAAAAAAUGGAAACCCAUUUCACAAAUUAUUGCCAUUUUUUCAAAUUCAUUACAAUUCAGUGAAUACCCAUGCCUCUUCUAAUGAUAAUAACCAAAACUCAAAUCCCCAAAAUGCACUAAUUAAACUGGAAGCAGAAAGAAUCUGCAAAAUUUUAUUGAACACCACCUGUUCGACGAAAGGUGUAGCUGAUGCUUUGAGUUCUGUUUCAGGAAAUGUGAAUCCUUUAUUAGUUGAUGAGGUUGUAAAGAAGCUCAGCAAUUCUGGGGUUUUAGCAUUGUCUUUUUUCCGUUGGGCUGAGAAACAGAACGGUUUCGUGCAUACUUCAGAGAGUUAUCAUGGGUUGAUUGAAGCUCUAGGAAAGAUCAAACAGUUUAAAAUGGUUUGGAUUUUGGUUGAUGAGUUGAAGAAGAAAGGGUUGUUGUGUAAAGAGGCAUUUGCACUUAUUUCACGAAGAUAUGCUCGUGCUAGGAAGGUUAAAGAAGCUAUCGAGGCAUUUGAGAGGAUGGAGAAAUAUGGAUUGGUUGUUGAGUUGCAAGAUUUUAAUAGAUUGCUUGAUACAUUGAGCAAGUCUAGGAAUGUUGGGAAAGCACAAGAAGUGUUUGAUAAAUGGAAGAAUAAUGGGAAAUUUAAGCCUAAUAUUAAGUCUUAUACUAUAUUGUUAGAAGGGUGGGGUGGAGAGAAGAAUUUGUUGAGGCUAAAUGAAGUUUAUCAGGAGAUGAAGGCUGAUGAUAUUGAGCCUGAUGUUGUGAGCUAUGGAAUCAUGAUCCAUGCUCAUUGCAAGGUUAAGAAGUAUGAUGAGGCGAUUGAGUUGUUACGCGAAAUGGAAAGGAAGAAGAUUAGGGUAACGCCUCAUGUGUAUUGCACGUUGAUAAAUGGUUUGGGAUCGGAGAAAAGGUUGGUCGAGGCUCUUAAGUAUUUUGAGCUGUAUAAGGGUAGUGGUUUUGAUCUUGAGGUAUUCACAUUUAACGCAAUGGUGGGAGCUUAUUGCUGGUCUAUGCGUAUGGAUGAUGCAUAUAAGUUAGUCGAUGAGAUGAGGAGAUGUAAGAUUGGUCCGAAUUCCAGAACAUAUGACAUUAUUCUUCACCAUCUUAUAAAAGCCAAAAGAACGAAUGAAGCUUAUUCGGUGUUUCAGAAAAUGAGCAAUGAUCCUGGGUGCGAACCGACUGUGAGUACAUACGAGAUAAUGGUGAGGAUGUUCUGCAACGAGGACCGGACAGAUAUGGCUCUUCGAGUCUGGGAUCAGAUGAAAGCUAGGGGAGUUCUUCCCGGAAUGCAUAUGUUUUCGACAUUGAUCAACAGCUUUUGCCAUGAGAAUAGAUUGGAUGAUGCUUGUAGAUACUUUCAAGAGAUGCUUGACAUGGGCAUGAGACCUCCACUUCCCUUGUUUGAUAAUCUAAAACGGACACUUCUUGAAGAGGGAAAAGAGGAUACUGUUAAAGCAUUGUGGAGGAAACUUGAGAAACUAAAGAAAAGCAACUUAGUUGGAUAGAGACAGCUUAAGAUGGAAUAUCAUAUUAAUGAAGCACUAGUAUUCUUCACAAUUGAAUUGGUUGAUUUUUUUUUUUUACCAUCCUUAUUAUGUCCAUUUUCACUUUUGUCCCCUUUUUUAUGUUUAGGCGAGGUUUCAGAUAGCCGAUCCUAACUUGUUUGGUA